AUAUCUAGUGUUGCUUCAAGAGUAAUCAUGGCAGUGUGUUUCUGUCAUUGAGGCUUAUAACUGUGGGUGACACGACUGUACUUGAGCUCAGAGUAACUCCUACAGGUGAGACGGGCGCUUAACAUACGAUUUGCAGAAUUCCCAAGUUUGGGAGAUGUUAAUAGUGGGCGCUUGAAGGAAGUGGCCGCUUCCACGGUAUUUUGUUGUAGACAUUCUCGACAUCCAGGCUACUGGAUGGUAAAAGUUUGACGAAAACGGUCGACGUGAAGACUGGAGGAGGGGACUCCUAACUGUUCAGUUUGCUCUCAGAAUAUUAAAGGAACUUUGUCACUUCAUCAAAUGAACAUUGAAUUCAUAUUAACCACCUUGUGUUAAAAAUGAAUUCAAGGUGACCUAUUCUCCAGGAUUCAGACGACAAUCAAUAUGGCAGCAAGCAAUCAGCUAUGUGCUACUUGGCAGAAAUUUCACGAAAUGCCGAAAAUUGUUAAUGUACUUCAUAACAAUGGUCAGUUAAAAUAUUACCAAACGUAAUUCAAGCUAACCGUUCCCUGUGGCCGUGUCUACAAGAUAGCUUUUUAUGUCCACAUUUUCAUUUCUACUAGAAAAGCACAUUUUACUGUACCCUCCUAUUUAACUGAUAGUGCAGUAUUAAUUGUCGCCUGUACACAUAACAUACCUAACUUCAUUGCAGUUGUGCAGGGAUGGCAGACGUCAGAGAGGACCAGAAUACCGAGGAACAGUUGUUGGACCAACUGAUCAGGAAACCGAGGUAUGCCUCUUCUCGAGAAGCACUCAACGACAUGAGGCUGAGGCUGAAAGAAGACGGGGUCGACAUCUUGAGGCAGUGUUCCGCCGGAGAAAAAGAGCCCUGCUGGCUACGUGGGUGUCUCGCAGUCUGCAACAAAAUCCUCCACACUGCAUCGCUCCAGAUCACCGAAAGUGCCGACAGAGGGCUGGUGAUGGAAUGGGUUUUUGUUACAACACCAAAUGAUGCAGACACCUUGCAAGCAGAUUUUCUCAAGGACUGGCUGCUUAGCCGUCACAGCUGUAUUCAUACCGUCAGCAGAGCCGGAGACCUCCUCUCUGGCUGUCCGUAUCCAGGACUUCGAAGCGUUGAAGCGAGUUCAGUCUCAGGGCUUGGACACGUGACCGCGCUGGAGCACUUUUCGUUGUUUUCUGCAACGCUCACGGACGCCUCCGUGGAAGAGCUUGCAGACAUGUUGGGCAGGAACCACAACCUGAAGUCAUUCAAGAUCGUUCUCAGUACUGUUCCCGAGUCCGGAUCGGAAAAGAUUCUUGCGAAGCUCGAGGGUUGUCCAUCCCUGGAGGCAGUAGAGUUAAGCUACACCUCAUUGAGUGCUUCUGCUGCCCGUGUCCUCGCUCACCUAUUGCGCACAAGCAAGUCGCUGAAGAAACUUACCAUGCAAGGGGUUGACAAGGAAUGCACAAAAAUUGCUCUCGAAGGUUUGCACGACGGAUCUUCGCUCGAAGAGAUUAACCUCUUUGGCCUGGAGCCACACGAGAGCCCCUUUUUCAUGAAAUAUUCCGAGGUCUUCAAGAACCUAAAGGUUGUACGCCUUCCCUGCAAUGACCUCGAUAACGCCUCCGCUUUUGAGUUUGCAGCGCUCAUCGAAGCCUGCGAAACCUUCGUAGAGCUUAGUCUCAACUCAAAUUCGUUCGGAGACGGGGGAGCCGUGGCUAUUGCAAAAGCCCUCCGACACAACAAGACCCUGCGCAAGUUGUCUCUUCCACAGGGCCAACUGACGUCCACGUCGCUCGUCGAGUUUGUAAAUGCCUUGACUGUCAACACGACCUUGGAGCGCCUGGACGUCGCUGAAGUCGACAUUCUGGAAGAACACCGCGCGAGGCUAUUUGAAGAUCCGAAAAGUGCCGGUGCCUUCAAGAGGAUCUUCGUGAUCUGGAAGCAGAAGUGGCUCAAGGACCUGGCAGCGCUUCUGCGGCGCAACGACCACAUGCCGCAGGUCUAUGUCGACGUCGAUCCAGGAGUUCCUCCGGCAGAUCUGGAUGCCUUCUUCGACGCCUUGCUCGCCAGCCAUACCGUGACGGAAGUGAGCUUCUACCCAAAAGAGUUCUCGUUUGACCACCUCGUCGACCGGCUCGCUGCACUUCUCAGAGGCACGACAACUAUCAGGGCCGUCUACCACCGUCUUUCUCCCGACGAAAAACACGAAGAGACGCACCUCGUCAGACUCCUUGAUGCUCUCCGGGACAACACGAGCGUGGCAGACUUCACGACGUAUGUUUCAUAUCUCACAGUUCCCAUGGGCGUUGCGCUCGGAAAACUGCUGGAGGUCAACAAUACGCUGACUACGCUUACCCUCUGCGAGUACUGGUCUGUGGAUCCCGAGGUCGCGAGGACGUUGGCGAACAGCAUGCGCCACAACUACACCCUCCUCGACCUGCGCAUCGAGUCGGACGCGGAGGACGUGGAAGGCUUGCCGGAGGUCUGGGAGGCGUUGCGGAGGAACAAGGCCCUUUUGUACCCCGCUGCGGAGUUCGUCACCGGGGAAGCUGGGGACGAACGCCCUGCCGAAGCACUCCGGAAGGUCCACAGGAGCUGGGCAUUAGUUGAGGAGGUGAUGAGGCGAACGGGGAAGCGGGAGGCCGAGGUCAGGCAAUACAUAGCGGAUGCUCUGAGCCGUCUUGGAGCGUCGUGAUUCUAACGUCGUCGAACUGAUUCCUGUUAAAGAGCGGAUUUACAAGACACGUGACUUGAAAUAUUGCUGAAUGCCACCACGUUGAUGAACUGAUGAACGUUGAUGGUCGAGUUUACUGCCAGGGUAUUCGGGAACAUAAAGGGGCACUUGGCCUUGUUCACUUUUUCGUGUUUGUCCGCUGUGUUGCGCAUACAAGUUUACUUAGGACAGACUAAUAUGAUUGUGUCAUUUUAUUUAGGUCAAAGAAUAAAAAUGUGGGAGAGGAACGGCGGUCACUCACUGCAGUGGAAUACUCAUACAUAUGUGGCAAGGCACGCCUACGUCACUGGGAAAAUGUCACAAUAAGAAAUAUUGGCAACAGCUCCUAUCGGUUUCAAUUAACACGGCCCCAAACUGAGUGCUCUAACUUAUCAACAACUAGUCUACUGUCAGAAAAAAAAAACAGCGCACACAGACAUUGCGUUUCACUUGUCGAGGAGGCUUUUACUUUCUUGUAGCUUGUACGUUUUAGGUUCUCUCUGCCAAAGAAUGUUUUCUGUUCUUUCCCUGCCAAAGAGGAACACGCUUUCUGAGGACAAUUGACGUCCAUGCAUUCUUUACUUUUUCUGGGGACAGCAUUUUUGGCUGUACGGAAUGCUCUAAAGCAAGGGUGCACAACAUGACACCCGUGGGCCACAUGCGGCCUGCGGACAUGACACGGCAAGAUGUGCUCAAGGCGGCAACCAGUGUGAUGAUGGCAGAUAUUGAAAAUCUGCCUGCGAGAGAUUGAAAACCCGCGCCUUUCCCAAUAAAACUCUUUUUGGCCCGCAUCA